AUGUCUACAGUCGAUUGUGAGCGCCCGGACAGCUUGGACGAGUGGGUCGCGGUCAAAAGUAACAUAUUUGAAGAAGCCGAAGUGUUUAAAUUGGGUUUUAUCGUCCAGUGGAACGUCAUCGAAUGCAAGUUCGCAGUCACCUGCCACAACAGGACAUUACAGCGGCGGCGACGAAAAGAAGAGUUCGGGCUAGCUGGUGGCCUUCAAAGCAGUUGGGCAGGACUCUUCUCAGUGAACGACUUAAAACACAUCCACCAGCAUCUUACGUGUGUAAGCGAUGUGUUGGCGGCUUGUUUUCCCGAUUUGUCCGACUUCGAAGACGGCAACAUUUGGGAUUUGCUCUUCCCGAGUCGGAAGUGCGGUUCGGAUGACGCUCAGAGGGACUCGGACGCACCGUGUCGAAAGCUGGAGAAGUACUUCAGCACAGCCAUUGACGUUUGCGGGAGGACCAUAGUGCUCGACACGCUUUUCUCGCAGGACGAGAAGGACGUGGACGACUACUUUGAGAACCUCCAGGAGUUCAAAAGGAAGAGCAUGCACGACGAGAUGUCCAGGGCCAAAGAUCACUUGCGGCAGCUGCUGCAGAGUCACGACUGUGCCGACCGCAUGGUCGCGCUGCUCGCCAUCUACGCGCAAGAGGACGAGGCAUACCAGGAGCUGGUCACUGAGGCUACGUCCUUCUUCCAGUAUCUGCUGCAACCGUUCAGAGACAUACGAGAGCUGGCCUGUCUCUAUAAAAUGGAAAUCCUGAAGUCCAUGGAGUUGGAUGAUUUGGGUCCUAAGAGGAUUGAAGCACUAGAGAGGGAAGCGGAGGAGUGGAGGGCCAAAGCGGAAGACGCGGUCGCUUCCAUUCAGGAUAUCACAGUCACCUACUUUGCACAGACGUCCAAGGCUCUGACUGGUAUGGUCAAGCAAAUGGAGGAGGACAAGCAUCGCUUCGGUGCCGCCGCCUGGGCGUCCGCUGCUCCCCGACUGGAGAAAUUGCGUGUCCUGUUGGCUAAAGAAGCCUUGCAGCACAUGAGAUCAACGGAAAUGUGUUUAAACAGGAAGAAAGCCAGCAUUAAAAAAGAGUUCGUCAGCUUGUACGGCAAAGACCGGACCGGAACGGGUGACUCUGGUUCUGCGUCGGACCAAAAUUCCUUGGACCGACUUGAGUUACAGUUCUACGAAACGCAACUGGAACUGUACAACACCAAAUUUGAAAUCCUGAAAAAUGAAGAACAGCUGCUGGUGACACAAACGGACUCCCUGCGACGGCAGAUCCGAGAGCUGAAGGAGGAAGUGGUGUAUUAUGAUGUGUGUGAGGAUCCUGAGGAGCUUCACAGCAUGGUCCACACAGGACUUCAACACACAGAGCCUCCAGCUGUCCGUCAAUUGAAAAGACGUUUGCAGAACCUGGAAACCAAAAGAGGCGCUAUCUGCGCUCAGCGAGCCAGACUGCGCAACAAAAAGGACCAGUGCGUGGAGGCCCACGAGCAGAAGCAACUUGCGGCUGAGCAGAAAUCCAUGGUCUUCGCGCAGCAUCAUCAGGUCCACUUGAAACGAGAGAAGAAAAAGGAGGAGGAGCAGAGGAGGAAACAGUGGGUGGACCAGGAGCGAGAGAAGACUCUCAGCAGAUUAAGAUCUUUCAGAGAGAAGCAGCAGGGUCAAUAUGUGCUGAAGACCUCUCAAUACCGGAAAUCGACUAAGAAGUCAUCUCCUCCGACGUCCCAGCCGCUGUCCUUAAUCAACCUCAGUCCUUCUCUCACCUCCGACGAGCUUCCAUCCAUCCGCGCUGCACCUUCGCUCAAAUAUGGUCAACCCGGAGACCUUCCGGUUGAAAUCUUCUUUUCGUCGCCGCCUCCUUACAGUGGAGCCGUGAUGUCACCGCCGACUCGUCCUCCACCGCCGCCACCUCCUCCGCCACUUCCACCCAUGAGCACUUCUCAUGAGGAAAAACCAAUGCCGCUCAGAGAAAAAUCUCAACUUCCAGCCAGGAACACACUUACUCAAAACAUAGGAACCAUGGAUGAAGUGCUGGCCUCGCUGCAGAGACUUCGAAAGGCCUCCGUACCCGGGACGCCUCCUCCCCCGCCGGCCGGGGAUCCCAGAAGCAAUCUCAUGUUGGCCAUCCGGCAGGGGGUCACCUUGAAAAAGGUUCUACCGUCGCCGUCGCCUUCCGGUAUCCACGUCGGCAGCCACGACAAUGAGUUGGAGAAAAGCAUCAGAGCCGCCAUGAUGAGGAUGAAGAAGGUGGCGGCUGACUCUGACGAUGAUGAUGAUGACUAUGACGGGCACAACGGAGACUGGGAUAGUUGA